UCCGACAUAAUAUCAACGCUAUGAUCCCGAAAGUUCAGGAGAACACCCCGAACCCAUCCAGCGAUGAGGACGGCGGGAACGUCUCCUUGGACGGUAACGUAUCGCACGAGGACGUCGUCUCCAUUCAAGGCGACGUCGGCGACUCCAUGCCCAAUUCCGGACGCAGUGACAUAAGUCGCAGCGACGUCAAUUCCGACGAGGGCCGCGACCUCACCCCGGACUCAGGCCUCCGCGUUGUCGACUACAUCGCCGACGUGCUGGAGCGCCGUCCGGACUCUGCCCCCGACGGACGCGUCGGCGUCCACUUCAACACGAACGCCGGUCGCAGCGGCCCCGACUUCGAUGGCGACGGCGAGGGCUACGUCGACAACGAAACCGGUGAGAACGAUUCCAGCAACGGUCGUCGCGGAGGCUAUCACGGCGGCGAGGCGGCGGACCCGCUCCCAGGUUCGGCCCCCGGCCCCGUCGACCAGCGCAACUUGGACGACGAGAUAGAACAGUUGAACGCUUCCAUGGCGGCGAUCAGCUUCGACGCUGAUUCUUUGGAAGAAAACGGGGCGGAGGAUGACGAGUCGGAGAAAACCGGCCAAUCUUGCGAUAGCAUCCUCGAACUGGAGGACACCCUCGACUCACCGGACACCAUGUUGCGUCGUGCCGCCAAGGGUGCCGGUCUCGUGGUUGAUAACCCUGAUUUCGACGAAGAGGAGACCUCAGAGCCCAAUUCCUCUGUUGAUCAAGUCCACGCCGACUUCUAUAAUAAUUUCGAAGAUAUUUACGAUGAUGAUGACGCCUUCGUUUAAAUGGCAACUUAAAUAUUCUCUAUAAAAUUCUCUUUGUUCAAAUGCUCCUCCGUUUUAUUUUCGGUUUAUUUUUAAAAAUGAUUUAUACUCAAUCUCUUUUUUCACACCUUGUUGCGUUGUGUCGUCAAGAGUGCCCGUCUCGUGGUUGAUAACCCUGAUUUCGACGAAGAGGAGGUCUCGGAGCCCAAUUCCACUGUCGAUAAAGUCCACGGCGAGUUCUAUAAUAAUUUCGAAGAUAUUUAGGAUGAGAAUGAUGCCUUCGUUUAAAUGGCAACUUAAAUAUUCUCAAUAAAAUUCUCUUUGUUCAAAUGCCCCUCUGUUUUAUGAUACAAAUUCAAUCUCUUUUUUCACAUCAUGUUGCGUCGUGUCGUCAAGAGUGCCCGUCUCGUGGUUGAUAACCCUGAUUUCGACGAAGAGGAGGCCCCAGAGCCCAAUUCCACUGUCGAUCAAGUCCACGCCGACUUCUAUAAUAAUUUCGAAGAUUUUUUACGAUGAGGAUGAUGCCUUCGUUUAAAUGGCAACUUAAAUAUUCUCAAUAAAAUUCUCUUUGUUCAAAC